GUAGUACUACUUGUAGUCUUCAAUAGUGCCACGUAACUGCGGUUGGCGCCGAUCGUACUGUGGCACGUCUCAAGACCAGUUCAUGGUAUGUUCAACCGAAUCCCCGACUCCCAGGGGGGCUCUGUCGGCAUCAUGAUACUGUCGAACACCGACAUAUCCACGUAGAUUUCCGUCCGUAAGUCCGUCACGGUGUGCAAAGUUAUGCUCCGGCUUUCUCCCCAACUUUCUCAAGUUGGACGUCUCCUUAAGCAUGCCACUUCAAAUACUUUCGACACAUGUUAGGACCAUCUGUCGGGGUGUGCUGGUUGCAAACGUUUGUCUCAUUGACGCGCUCGUCAUCGUCAAGACAGCCAGGUACCCAACUCCCUGCCAAUUCCACCUUUCGUUCGAAGAAGGACGGAGUCCUCAGAUAUGUGUAUCAUUUCCAACCAAUGCUUUGUCCACGCCUGUUGGCACUCGACCAGAACAAACUUUGGGGCACUGGCACAAAAACGAGCCAAGCUGAUACGGCUAUCGAUGCUUCACUUGAUACGACCCGGUGAGUGUGAUUGUGAAAGCUAUUCGUUGAACUGAUGUUUUGCAGGCGAUGAAGUGUAGUUCGCAAGACACAAGAUCCGAUCCCUCAA